AUGGAUUCACGUGGUUGGCGAUUUCGGCUGAUCUUGGCUGGUCUGUCAGUCACCUCUCCCCUCACCGCCGUUGAAUCCACCGUCACAUCGACUGCUCUGCCCAAAGUCUCACUCGAUUUGAACAUGGGAGGGGCUUGUAUCUGGGUUGUGAAUGCGCUCUUUCUGUCGAGUACCGCGUUCCAGCCCCUUUACGGACAACUCGCCGACGUCUUCGGUCGACGAUGGCCGCUCAUCUCAGCCAUCGCCCUGUUUGCCUUGGGUAGUGGCAUUAGCGACGGUGCUAAUUCAAUCGCAAUGCUCAUUGCUGGGCGUACAGUUCAAGGAGUGGGACUUGGAGGCGUCAAUAUGCUGAUCGAUAUUGUCGUCUGCAACCUCGUUCCCUUGCGGGAGCGAGCGCAAGUGACAGCCUUCAUCUUCAUAGUGUUCUCGCAUGUCACCUGGCGAUGGUCAUUCUACAUCAGCCUUCCUAUCGCCGGGACCGCCAUAGUGCUGAUGGUCCUGUUUCUGCAAGUUGAGUCCAAGAAGGAAGCGACUUUGGCGGAGAAGAUGAAGCGGAUAGACUGGCUAGGCAACACAUUGCUGGUCGCGUCUGUACUAGCCAUUCUCAUUGCACUCAGGUUUGGUGGCACAUCUAACGCCUGGUCGAGUUGGCAUAUUAUCGUGCCGUUGGUGCUCGCCAACCGCACCUCCCUCGUCGCAUUUAUAAUUAGCUUCCUGCACAGUAUGGUUAUGUACUGGGAACUGUAUUUCCUGCCCGUCUAUUUCCAAGGUGUCCAACUAAGCACUCCCACCCUCUCUGGCGUGCAACUUCUCCCCACCGUGAUCGUCACAGUCCCCGCUGCCAUCGUGGCAGGCUUCCUCAUUACUAAAACCGGCCGGUACAAGCCGUUGCAAGUCGGCGGCUUGGCCCUGAUGACCUUAGGCCAGGGCCUCUUCAGCCUUCUCAACCAGUCCUCCAGCACCGGCGCCUGGGUUGGCUUCCAGUUGCUGGUGGCCAUCGGCUCGGGCUUCAUUGUAAUCUCGACCCUGCCAGCCGCGCAGGCCUCGUUGGCUGAAACCGACGUCGCCGCGUCGACCGCCACCUGGGCCUUUUUCCGGAUGUUUGGCUCCGUCUGGGGCGUUGCUAUCCCUGCAGCCAUCUUCAACAACCAGUUCGCCGCACGGAUACGUGACACAGGCUUGCUUCAGCAGCUGCAUGAGGAGGACCCUUCGAUCGCGGCCCUGCUGCAGAACUCCGGAGAUGCGUAUCAGUAA